AUGCGCAGCCUUCUGGAUCAGGGUGCCUUGGAGGAGGUGGCGGCUCUGCCCGAGCGUGCUCGGGAAGCCGCCAGUGCUGUCCUCAGAGCACGCAUAGAUGCAAUGGAGAGGCCGCUGCCGGACGAGGAGCCGGCCGAAGCGGUCGCCACGGCCUUUGAUUUUGGACGGGCGGUGGUAUCGGACACCGGUCUGCUUCAGCUCGGCAGCUCACAAGAGGUGGGCUGGCACGGGCUGAAGACAUCACGUGGCAAAGCAUCUCCAGUAAUCGUUGUGGUUGCCAUGGCGGCAGACUUGGCAGCGGACCAAGUGGACAGCACAAUGGCCGCCAAUUCCGCCCUUCGGGAUGAGAACGAGGCCCUGGCAAGCCUCAUGGAAGAGGUUCACAGCCUGGCGGAGCAGUGGCAAGAAGUUUGCGCUCGUGCGAAAUCUCAUGGCAAGGAGACCGUAGCGGCGGAGCUGCAGGAGCUAAGCUUGUUUUGGGCAGCUGCCUUUGGUAUCAUCUUUUGCCUUGCAAGCCCCCAAACUAACCCACAAAGCAGAGCGGACAGAGACGCAACAUCAAAGGGACCCCACUCUCAAGAGGGUUGA